AUGUGCCUCCUCCGGCUCUAAAGUCCAUACUUCCAUCGAGCAAAAGCAAAUGCAAUUUGUUCCCGUGGUCGGCUUCUCAUUUCAAUCCCUGCGUUGGAUUCCUGUGAAAGCUUACAUUUUUAAUUCAAACGCUUACUUCAAUCCCCACUUGCCAUUAAACAAAUCCCAGAACAGGGUAUUGUAAAAGAGGCAUUUUUAAGUUUCCCGCACUAUACUGCCCAUCGUCUUCUGCCUCGUUGAGUUCUCUGCAUUUGCGGGUAUCUUUGGCUUCUCUGUUUUCCUCUUAUUCCUCCAUGGCAACCCCAGAAACGAUUCCUGAACCUGAACCCGAGAAGCAUGUGUAUUCGGUGUGGGCUGAACCACCGGAAGAUGUGCGUGAUAGGAUGAAGAAGCUGAUGAGCGGCCUCCGAUCGGAGUUCGGUGGGCCUGAGUUUGAACCCCACAUCACCGUCGUCGGGGCGAUCAGCCUAACUCCUGAUGAUGCUCUGAAGAAAUUCCGGUCCGCGUGUGAAGGCCUCAAGGCUUAUAAUGCCACCGUUGAUCGUGUGGCUACAGGGACCUUCUUUUACCAGUGUGUUUACCUUCUGAUUCAUCCCACCCCUGAGGUGAUGGAAACUAGCGAUCUCUGCAUCAGUCAAUUUGAUUACAACAGAUCAUCUCCUUGUCACUCAUCAGAAUGCAGAAUCAAAACUCUGGAUAGUCUUGUGUUUCUGAAUGAUAAAGAAAAUCCUCCUUACAUGCCACACUUGAGCCUUCUGUAUGGAGAUUUAACUGAUGAGGAGAAGAAAAAAGCUCAAGAAAGAGCCAAAGCUCUUGAUGAUGUCAGUGGGUUAAACUUCCAAAUUAGUCGCCUUGCAUUAUACAAGACAGAUACUGAAGACAAAACUCUGAAAUGCUGGGAGAAAAUUACUGAUUGCAUUCUCAGUUCAAAUUAGCUUUUUUGACCUCUUUUGAUAAUAUCUGUUGAGGAUUUACUUGUGACUUCUUCUGUUUAUGACCCAAUCCACACUUUCAUGAAUCAUAUCAAGCCUCCGCUACUGUAUGAAAUAGGUGGUCUUAUAAAGGGCAUGAACACCCACCUUCAUACUCA